AUGUACUAAAGGCCGCAAUAAUUUGGCAAAAGAAAGAUAAACGACGUUUAUCAGUUAGCUCUGCAGUAUGAAUGAAGUUGGCUGGCUAACGUUAGCAAGCAAGCCUUCAGUUAAAUGCCAGGACAUGCUGUUCGCCGCAUGCUAACUAGUUGCCUCAGUUUCAAAGCUAGAUCUGAGUACUGACCUGCUCUUUGCUCGCCUUCUCUGACUUUAACUUCCGAACGACUUCACCCUGGAUUUUAAUCGCUUCUUGCACCUGUGCCUUCCCUUCCAUGGCUUUUCAUCCAAUAUAUUUCCACCGCUACUCUCACUUCCAGCGACCCUGCAGCUGUCAAGUCUGUGGUGGAGAAAACCGGAUACGGAAACAAGAGAAACACUUCCUGUAGCAACAGGUGUGUAGCAGUAUUUUCAGUCGAUAGAAGAGCAGAAACACUCCUCCAGUACUGGACUGCAAGAAUCCACACAUAUGGGACUUUAAACUCUACAAACAAACAAACAUCUUCCUGUUCAAACAUUGACUAAGGGUCGAGUCAGCAUGGAGCUGUCGCCCCCUCCCUCAGGUCUACAAGCAGAGUGUGAGACACUUUUCUCCAAGGACUCCCUUCUCUUCCUUCAUGAGCUGAUCUCCACAUUUGAUGAGAUGGUGGACCAGGUCCUGCGGUUGCGAGUGUCCAGAAAGGCCCACUUGGACCUUUCAGGUGACUUGCCAAGCUUUCUGGAAAGUACCACACAUAUCAGGACAGACCCAGCCUGGAGGGUGCUCCCUGUCCCCCCGAGGCUCCAGAGAAGACAUGUGGAUAUUGGGGAUCUUGCUCCCUGCGAUACACAGCGCUUCAUUAAAGCUCUCCAGUCACCAGCACAAGGCAUACAGGUCGACUUUGAUGAUGGGAACUGCCCUACAUAUCGCAACCAGAUCAAAGGCAUUCAUAAUGUUUUUAAGGCGGUUCACAACCAGUUCCCCAAUGUUCCACACAUAUCUCAGGCUCCAGUGCUGAUGCUUCGUCCUCGCGCCUGGAACAUGGUGGAGCACAACAUGAUGGUGGAGGGGAAGGAGGCUCCGGGUCCUCUGUUUGACUUUGGACUCCUCAUGUUUCACUGUGGAAAGACACUGUUUGAAAACAAGAGUGGGCCCUUUUUCUACCUCUCAAAGGUAGAGAGCUUCAUGGAGGCCAGGCUGUGGAACAACAUAUUUGUCUGGACACAACAGAAGCUGGGCCUACCACAGAGCAGCAUCAAGGCGACGGUGCUCAUUGAAAAUGUAUUAGCAGCAUUUGAGAUGGAGGAGAUCCUCUACGAGCUGCGGGACCAUUCAGCUGGACUCAACUGCGGCAUCUGGGACUAUUCAGCCUCCUUCGUCAAUAAGUUUGGUCACCGAAGGGCCUUCCUGCUGCCCGACCGCAGUAAAUAUGUCAACAUGGAGAAGCGUUUUCUGCGCAGCUACAUGGACCUGUUGGUUCAGACAUGUCAUCGGAGGGGAGCGCUGGCCACAGGAGGCAUGGCUGCCCUGCUGCUGCCUCAGGACCCGCUCAGUGACUCCCACAGCAGAGUGCUGGCUACUGUCACCAGGGAAAUGCUGGACGUUUCACCCAACUACAUUUAUUUGACAGCUAAAGUUUGUACACUGAAGUUGCUGGAGAUCCAGGCAGGUGUGGACGGUUUCAUGGUGUAUGAUCUGAGCUUGAUUGAACCCAUGCAGAAACUCUUCAGGCUCCACGCUGAAGGAGAUAACCAGCUUCACCGGCUUCGAAAUGAUGUUACUGUGACUCCUGAUGACCUACUGUCUAUGCCUUUGGGAGGAGUCACCCUUUAUGGUUUGAAGUAUAACAUUGCAGUUGGUGUCCUCUUUAUUAAUGCUUGGCUAUCAGGUAACGGCCACUUUUUCUACAGAGGCCAGGUGGAAGAUUCAGCCACAGCAGAGAUUUCCAGAUCACAGGUAUGGCAGUGGAUCCGUCAUCAGACCCAGCUGGAGGACGAUGGCAGGGUGGUGAGCAGGCGGCUGGUGACUGACCUCACCAACGAGGUUAUGAUGGAGCUCAGCUCUCUCUGUCACUCUGUUAGGGAUAAACAGACGUUGCACACAGCAGAAGCCAUGUUCCUGGAGGUGGUCCUAAAGAGAGAUUUCCCAGAGUUCAUCACCACCUACUUGAAUCAGGACCACACAUUUCUCAGCUCCCAGACCUCUGGACUGGAGGCCCUUGAGGUUCUGGACACACACAUGCCCCAAUCCAAACUGUAAAGGUCUGAUGUGGAUUACUUCCUGUUCUCUGCUCACCACAGGUUGGCCUUUUAGAAAUUGCAAUAAACAUUUUUCAUUCUUUUUUUUAUAUAGAUUUAAUCAGUUAGUUAAAGAAAAUACGAUUAAUCGCUAAUGAAAAUAGUUAGCAUCAGUAAGAAAUGUUACUGUAGGUCACAACCAGUUUAAAAUAAAUUGCAGGUAUUUUCUACCUCCACUUUCCGUUAAAUGUAUUCAUCCAUUUUAAUAAAUCAGCUUGCCUUGCUUUAUGUUUA